UGACAAGAGACAACUGACAUUUUAUGUAAUUUGUAUGAUUUUUACUUUCUGCUUUGUUUUCUGAAAAAAAUAAUCUUGAAAUAAAAGUUCUUAAUCAUGGCUAAACCGAAGAAAGAUGAGACUUCUGAAGAAGCAAAAAAGAUAGUGGAUGACGCAAAGAACUUUAUUGAAAAAGCUAUUGCUGAUAUUGGUUCGACAUCAGCAACAAAGCAGCUAAUUUUAGGAACUGCGUCAGGAUGGAUUACAGGUUUUAUUACAAUGAAAAUUGGUAAAAUUGCUGCUGUAGGCAUUGGUGGUGGUGUAAUUUUACUACACAUUGCAAGUCAAAAAGGAUAUAUCGAUGUAAAUUGGGAUAAAAUCAAUAAGAGGGUUGAUAAAAUUACUGAUAAAAUUGAAAAAGAAACUACAGGAAAGUCACCUGACUGGUUUGAUAAAGUUGAGAGGUUCGUGGAUCGUAAACUCGAUAAAGCAGAAGGAUUAUUAAAGAAAAAAGAACAUAAAGCCAAACGUUGGUAUAACAACUUCAUAGGAGAUGAUAAUUACCGUGCAACAGAAACACACGUGUUCUUGACAUCUUUUGUUGCAGGAAUGGCUAUUGGCCUCCUUUGUGGUAAAUAAUUGCCUAGAGAUCGCUGUUUGUAAUUAAUAUAUUUUUAGUUUUAGGUGAAAUCUCACAUUGUUGUUAAUCUUAGGUGUUAGUUUAGUGCUCUAUUUUUAGCAGAAUACAUACACAUUCUCAAGUUAAUCAAAACAAGUAUGAUAACUUUUAUUUCAAAGUAUUAAUAAAAAAUUCUUGAAUAUU